AUGCCAUUACUUUUCCAUCAAAAGUGCUACUUAUAUUUAGCAGCAUUUUUUAUUAAAUUUAUUUUAAUUAAAAAAGUCAUUCAUUCACAACCAUUAGUGCCUUUACUUGAUUCUUUAACUAAAUCUAAUGCUUUUCCUCCAACAAUUAAUGGAGGGAAAUAUUCGAAAUUGAGAAGAUCCCCAACAUCUAGUAAUUCUUCUUCUGCUUUAAUGACUACAAUAGUUCCUUCAUUUGUUACUUUCCCCGAUUAUUGUGCUAAUGAUACUGAUGUUAUAGGUUUGGAAAAUGAAAAAGAAGUUUUCAAAUUUAAAUUAGAUCACAUUCUUUACGACACAACAGUUCAUUAUAAUCGGCACAAAAUCCCUUCCGACCCAGUUACUGUACGUAUUGAACUUUGGAUACAGGAAGUAACUUCUGUUAGUGAAUUGACACAAGAUUUUGAAAUUGAUUUAUAUGUAAAUGAAUUUUGGGAAGAUCCAGCAUUAUCUUACGAUUAUUUACGUCCUUGUAAAGGAAAUUUAAGUUUUGAUUAUACUUUUUUAGAUUCUAUAUGGAUACCAAAUACUUGCUUUAUUAAUUCAAAAAGUGCUCAAAUACACAGUUCUCCUUUUAGAAAUGUAUUUUUGAUGAUUUUCCCGAAUGGCUCUAUUUGGUCUUGUUGGAGAAUAAAAUCAACAGGUCCUUGUAUAAUGGAUUUACAUAAAUUUCCAAUGGAUUCAAUUAAUUGUUUAUUAACUUUUGAAUCUUAUAAUUACAAUAGAAAUGAAGUUAGAAUGGUUUGGAAUAAACCAAAACCUGUACAGAUGUUUAAAGAUAUUGAAUUACCUGAUUUUUAUAUGGUUAAUUAUUCAAUAACAAGUAGAAGGCAAAGAUAUGCUGCAGGUGUUUGGGAUGAAUUAACAGUUUCUUUCCAAUUUCAAAGACGUUAUGGUUUCUAUCCAACUUUUCUUUUCAUUUUUAUUAGUUGGAUACCCUUUUAUCUCGGCCCAAAGGCAAUCCCUGCAAGAACAAUGAUUGGAGUUAAUAUUUUGUUGGCAAUGAUAUUUCAAUUUGGUUCAAUUAUUCGUAAUUUACCCAGAGUUAGCUAUAUUAAAGCUAUUGAUUUGUGGAUUCUUUGCGGAAUGACUUUUAUUUUUGCGACGCUUGUUGAAUUAGCAGCAAUUGGAUUUAAAAUGAGAAAGGAGGAUGGUGGAAGUAUUAAAAGAUUUAAGAAUUUAAAUAAUAGACAAAAUAGAAAAACAGAUGUAAUUGUUAGUUGUGAACGUUUAGACAAAUUUUCAAGAAUGGCAUUUCCUGCAAUCUACGCAUUGUUCAAUGCAUUUUAUUGGACUUAUUAUAUGUUAAUUGCAUAA